UGUCGGCUCGCUAGCUUUGUGAGAUUGUGAUGUCACUUUAGUUCCCUAGUUUUUAUGACUGUUUCAAGUGUUAAAUUUAGCUGAAAUAAUUCUAAACAUUUUGUGUAUUGUUCUGUGUCAACAAUUUGUUUGCGUGGAUUUUAUUGAUCAUCAGGAUGGUGUGAGCGGCGAGACGCGUGGCAAUGUGCGACCAAACGGAGGUGAUCUAUGCGCCGGGCGACGUGGUGUGGGUGAAGCUUGGCGCCGGCGUCUGGUGGCCGAGUCAAGUGCAAGACUACGACAAGCUGCCAGAGGAUAUCAUCGGCAAUCUGCGCAAGCGCCCCAUUGCCGUCGUCAAGUUCUUCCAGGAGGAUGCCUUUGAGUACGUGAAAAAUCUGGACCAAAUCUACCACUACAACUGCCGCAAGAAACAUGAAUUCAUCAAAAAAGGAUUAGACAUGUGUCGCUCGAGCAACCGCAACGUGCCCUCCAACAUGAAAAUGUUCCCGAACGACGUUGCGACCGCCGAACACCUGACGCACGGCGACCCGAACAUCCUUGACUCGGCCGAGUUUCAGCCCGAACAGAAGGAGGACUACCGCGAGCUGUUCGGCGCCAGCAAGAAGCCGGCCUCUGCGAAGAAGCAGUCAAGGCCGGAGUGGCGCAUUCGGUCACUGCGUGACGCCGGCGGUGAUUCGCCGACCAACGGCCGCCGUCAGAGUGGGACCACACACCGUCAGAGUGGGUCGACGCCAAGACUGGUCACACAUCCGCGCUUCAUCAACAAGGCGCUAGGUAGAGGGUCUGAUCACGAGGUCCGCAUACGGAGUCAGAGUCAGCCGAGACUACUACAGCAGCAGUCAGACAAACUGUACAACUGCCACCUGUGCGGGUUCUCUGCUUCAAGGAUAAACGUGAUUAUUCUACACAACAAGUCGCACAGUGCUGGAUAUUCUGACGCGUUUCUCCCAUCCCUGCCAGGCGGAAAGAAGGCGAAGAAACGGUCCAUGAGUGAGAAGCGUCUCAACGUUGACGGCUCACCACCUAUCAAAAGGAAGGCAGAGUCUGAUGAACUGAAAAGCAGUGGCAAGGAUUCUCCGAGUCCUUCACCAGUCAAAAAGCCUAUCUUUGGCCGGAAGCGAUCGGCAAAAGAUAAAGCAGACAAGGCUGCCAAGGAGAAGAGGCAAACUGAGGAGUUCCGCGACAAUCUACUCAAAGACUGGGAUGACGAUAAUGAAGAAGAAGAGGGGGAUAACGAUAUUGGUAGCUCCAAAGCUAAAUCUGUUGAUAAUCCAGUUGACAACUCAAAGGAACAAGAGACUAGUACAAAAGUGGAUGAUUCGAAAAGUUCUCCCUCAAAAGAAACCUCUUGUUUCGAUUUUGAUGACUCGGAAGACGGCAUCAAACCAGAGGAGACCAUCAUGCAGUUUGGAAGGAAGAUUCCGAGGCUGUUGGGUGACAGGAAGAAGAGGACAGAGGAUGUGGAAGUGGAGAGAGAUGACAAGGUGACAAGAGUGGAGGUGACGGAGGAGCCGGUGUCACAGCCAGAGGAAAGUGAAGAAGAGAGGAAGAGCAAAGAAAGAAAGAAAGCGAAAGAAGAGUUUGAUGCGGCUUUCAAAGCGUUGCUGGAGGAGACUAUGGCGCCUGUUAUCCCUGAUGUGUUCACCCCGAAUGACAAAACGUUGGCAAACACUUGUGAGGCGGUAAAUGAUGGCAACAUUGAGCCUGAUCCUCCAGAAGAUCCAUCCAAUACCACCAUUGAAGAGGCAGAGUGUGUUGUGACGACGAAAGUUGAUCAGCAGCAUUUUUUAGUGAAAACGUCAGGAGAGGAGGCAGCGACUUCUCCUGACAAACAGACAUCGGAAACAGGUAUCACUCCUUGUGAUGCUGAUAACGUUGCCAAUUAUACAUCUGUCAACCACAUGGUUGACACAAAAAGUACUCCCUUGAAAGAAACUUCUUGUUUUGAAGCGAUUGUUGAAGAAGUGGUUACAGAAAGUGAAGAAGUCGUUGAUUUCAAGAUUGAUGAGACAAUAGUUACAACUGAAAGAGAAAGUGUUCUAUCAGAAGAAUGUCCCACAGAUGGUGCCAAAAGUCAGGGGUUUCUGUGUACAACCGGAAGUGUUUUACCAGAAAAACAUCGUCCAACAGAUGGUCUCAAAAGUCAGGGGUUUCUGUCUACAACUGGAAGAGAAAGUGUUUUACCAGAAGAACAAUGUCCCACAGAUGGUCUCAAAGGUCGGGAGUUUCUGUCUACAACUGAAAGAGAAAGUGUUUUACCAGAAGAACAUCAUCCCACACAUGGUCACAAAAGUCCGGGGUUUCUGUCUACAACCAAAAGUGUUUUACCAGAAGAAUGUCCCACAGAUGGUCCCAAAAGUCGGGGGUUCCUGUCUACAACUGGAAGAGGAAGUGUUUUACCAGAAGAACAACGUCCCACAGAUGGUCUCAAAGGUCGGGGGUUUCUGUCUACAACUGAAAGAGAAAGUGUUUUACCAGAAGAACAACGUCCCACAGAUGGUCUCAAAGGUCGGGGGUUUCUGUCUACAACUGAAAGAGAAAGUGUUUUACCAGAAGAACAACAUCCCAAAAGUCAAGGGUUUCUAUCGAAUGAUUUUGUUGAUGAUUGUAUUAUUGAUAAUUAUAGUAGUAAAGAGAAAUCACAGCAGUCAUCAAGUUUCAUUGAGAUUGUAGACCAACCAAAACCGAUAUCUAGUGAAUCAGGGUUGCCAGGUGAAAUGCAGAUCAUUGUAGUGACAUCAAAUGCUGACACAAGUAAAACAGUGGCUGAUGCGAACAAUAUGUAUCAAGAGAUGGAUUUUGAUAUAGAUUCUAUGCCAGUGAUAAUUGGUGAUGACUUGGGCCAGGAUGACCACCAACUGCAACAAGGGGCAAUUUUGAAAGCUGUUGAGGCACCACAGAAUGUAUUGCAGAAUCAUCAUCUCCCCCAGUUCCCAUUGAUCAAACCGAAACCAUCUCCCAAAAAAGCUGAGAACAAAGUUGUGACUGUAAUCACCAGUUCUGGCCAGUUGAGUAGGAUGAACCAGAGUGAACUAAGACCUGUGACUAAAACAGCAGUCGUUAGAAAGGACCAACCAACUUUGGUGAGGAUACCAACUUCCACCAGUAACAAAAUAACAAGAAAGGUUAUACUUUCUCCGACAAAGAAAUCAAAUUCAGGAGCUAUCAGGAUAGCUGCAGCAUCAUCAUCAUCAUCAUCAUCAUCAUCAUCACAGGUUGGCAAAAUGACGCAAGUUGGUGGCAAACUGAAAUCUCCAUCAGUGCAAGUUGGCGGUAAACUGACAUCUCCAUUGGCUGGAAAACUGACAGUGCCAGGAGGCUUACUAACACAGAAAGGAAAACUUUCAGUCUCACCGAAAGGAAUUGUCCAAAGCGCAGCUGGCUCUGGACAAGUAUUGAUCUUGAAAUCAACCGCUCCUCCAGGAACUGCUGUAUCCAAAACAAGUCUGCAGAAAAUGAUCCAACCGGCUGGUGGAAACAAAGUGCUGAUACUGACUAGUCCCCAGGGUGGUGCAAGUGGUCAAAAAGUCCUGGGCACUCUUGCACCACAAUCGAAGACCAUAACUGGCACCCGUUUCUUGACCACUAAAGGAUCAGUUGUAGUCGGCAAGGGAACUGGCAACACAAGUCAGAAGAUACUAAUUGACAAGAGUGGUGCAAUAUCUCAGGCGCCCAAAAGUGUCAUAAUUGACAAGAGUAGUUUAUCAGCCGCUUUUUCAAAGCAAAGUAACACAACUUUGUUGAGCAGCAAUAGUGAUUCCUCCAAACUGACACUAGGAACUAGCAAAGCCUCCUCCAACUUCCCCAUGAGUGGCAACAAAGGUGUGAUCCUAACACCAAUUGCCAGCAAAGGUGAUGGCUCCAAGCUGCGUCUAAUUGCCUCCAAGACCAGUGGAUCGGCAUCCAGUACAACCGGGGCCAAACUGGUCCUAUCAACUCUACCAUCAAAACCCCAACCAUUGAAGCUUGUAACUAAAGGUCAGCCCAACUCCUCUACUAGUACAAUUCUAAUCCAAACAAACCAAGGUGUGUUGGCAACACCUCAGAACCAAACAGUUAUUACAUCAAAACCAGGAACAGCUACAUUCAUUGCUGCCACAUCCAAAGCACAGAUUCUUCAUUCGAGUAGCAUGAAUAAUAUGCUUCAAACACAGAACAAGAAGCUUGUUAUUCCGAAAAAGUCGGCCAGCCCGAAUAUCCUGCAAAAGACGCAGAGAAAGCCAGUGCAGCGGGUGACCAAGAAAAAUUUCAUCACCAACCAAUCAAGUGUGUCAACAGCUGCAGCUGCCCAACCGUCAACCAGUUCCCCAAUUACAACAACAGCUCAGGACAUGCUGCUGCUACCAUCAAUGAAGAACAUGCCACAAGGCACUAUUCUGCAAGGAACCACUGUAGACUCUGAAGGUCGCAAGUCAUAUGUGUAUCUGACUGUGGAUGAGCAUGGAAACUACAAACCUUUGGAAAGUUCUCCCUUGUUGGAUCUAGCUGCUGCUAGCACAUCUGAGUCUGAAGCUGCAAUGCCAUCAUCAACAUUGAUGUCACAAACAUCAACCACCUCUCAACAGACUGUUUACUAUGACCCAGGCAAUGCUGAUCUCGACAACCUUCUGUUGGCAAUCGAUGAGGCUGGAAAUGUAGUGAACGUUGUGCCUCCACAGCCUGACAGUGGACAUUCUGGAUAUGGUCAGGACAUUCUGGCCAAAGCACUCGCUGACACUCAGGUUCUCCAACCGGAGACAACCAGUUGUGUCCUGGUGGAGUCACUUCCACCAGCCCCCACUCUCUCCCACAACGUCCUCGAAACAUCAUCCACCCUCAACCAGGCCCCGAUCAUGACUCCGCUAGAAAUGCCUUCAGCAGUGUCCUCACUUCAAAUCCAGUCCAAAUUCCUGAAGGGCAACCCUUCCAUGCCGGUGUUGUUGGAAGAUUCUGCGAAGCCUGCAAGGGAUACAGUGUUUGUGGAUAGUGGUUCAAGUGGGAAUCCACUGACGUUUCAACUGUCGAUUGGCGCUGAUAAUAAUAUCAUUGUGACUUCAAGUGCAGCAGAUAUUAGUACUUCGCUUGCUGCCUUCAUGUCACAACCUACUGCAACUGAGACAACUAUACUGUCAAAUCUUGCAAACAAAACUGUUGAGGAAGCAGCUGACAAUAUUAUUGUGACUUCGAGUGCAGCGGAUAUCAGUACAUCACUGGCCACCUUUAUGUUGCAACCGGCUGCAACUGAAACAACAAUUCUGUCAGAUGCUGCAGUAGCAACUUCGAGCAAUAAUGAGGAACAAGGAGCACUUGCUUCUUUUAUGAGUCAACCUGCAACCGAGACAACUAUCCUCUCAGAUCCCGCAGCAACUUCUAGCAACAACGAGGAGCAACUUGGUGCCUUCAUGUGUCAACCUGCAACAGAAACUACAAUUUUGUCAGAUUCUGUUGAAGCAUCUUCUAGCAACAACAAGGGGCAACUUGCUUCCUACAUGUCGCAACCAGCUGUAACUGAAACUACAAUUCUGUCAGACCCUGGUGUAGGAGCAACUUCCAGCAAUGAGGGGCAACUUGCCACCUUUAUGUGUCAACCUGCAACAGAAACUACAAUUUUGUCGGAUGCUGCAGCAACCUCUAGCAAUAAGGAGGAGCAACUUGCUGCCUUCAUGUGUCAACCUGCAACUGCGACAACUAUUCACUCAGAUGCUGCAGCAACUUCUAGUAACAACGAGGAGCAACUUGCCACCUUUAUUUGUCAACCUGCUGCAACUGAAACUACAAUCCUGUCAGAUUCUGCUUCUAGCACCAACGUGGAGCAAGGAGCACUCGCUGCUUUCAUGAGUCAACCUGCAACUGUGACAACUAUCCACUCAGAUGCUGCAGCAACUUCUAGCAACAACGAGGAGCAACUUAAUGCCUUCAUGUCACAACCUGCUGCAACUGAAACUACAAUCCUGUCAGAUUCUGCUUCUAGCAACAACGUGGAGCAAGGAGCACUCGCUGCUUUUAUGAGUCAAUCUGUAACCGAGACAACUAUCCACUCAGAUUCUGCAGCAACUUCUAGCAACAACGAGGAACAACUUGCCACCUUUAUGUGUCAACCUGCAACAGAAACUACAAUUUUGUCAGAUGCCGCUCCUAGCACGAACAUGGAGCAAGGUCUGACAGCUGCCGUCAAACAGCUGGUGACUGACUCGUCAGCUGAAGCAUUUGCUGCGUUCCAUCUGACUGAUGAAGCAUCCAAAAAGGAUGACUACCUGACCAAAAAGGACGACUACUCUGAAACGACCAUGGAUUCGGCGGCAUCCUCGUGUGGCAAGUCAGAGUUUGGCACCUUCAACAUUGAGGAGACAUCGGCCAGUAGUAGUUUUGAUCUCAACGGUACAAAAGUGGCGUCCAGUGAAGAUGAUUUAUUCAAUAAUGGUUCCAAUCAGCACACAACUGAUGAACAGAGAUAGUUGAUGAAGUGAUAAUGCUUUAUCGAUUUUACUGUAGUAACAUAAGGGAUUUAUCUUUCAAUUAUUUCACUUGUGUAAAAGAAUGAAUCUAUUUUUACCAUUUUACUCAAGUAGAAGAAGGGAUGUAUCUUUCAAUAUUUAACUCAAGUAAAACAAGGAAACUCAUUUCUCUCAAGGCAGGAAUGUAUCUUUCCGUUUCACUAUAGUAAAAGAAGGAAUUUAUCUUUCAAUUAUUUCACUCAUGUAAAAAAGGAAUGUAUCUUUUGAUAUUCAAUUGAAGUAAAACAAGGAAACUCAUUUCUCUCAAGGCAGGAAUGUAUCUUUCAAUAUUCAAUUGAUGUAAAAGAAGGAAACUCAUCUCACUCAAGGCAGGAAUGUAUCUUUCUGUUUCACUCUAGCAAAAGAAGGAAUGCAUCUUUCCAUUCCACUCAACUGGUAUAUUAUUCUAAACAUAGUGGAAAGGCAAAGUAGGAGUGUAACAUGGAAGGUGAAGCCUGGGUCCGUUAGCUUUGCUAUGGGCGGAAGGCCACUAGACUGCAACACUUCCAAUUCAAAAACAUGCAACAUGUAUCUUUUCCAUAAGCAACAGAUGCUCUUUCGUAUCUUCUCAAAAGCAACGUGCUGCAUACGAAAAGAUACACUAAGAGCUUUCCAUGAAUCUUUCCAUAAGCAACAGAUGCUCUUCUGUAUCUUCUCAAAAGGAACGUGUUGUAUCUGAAAAGAUACACUAAGAGCUUUUAUGAAUCUUUCCAUAAGCAACAGAAGCUCUUUUGUAUCUUCUCAAAAGCAACUUCUCAAAACAGGGCCAUUAGACUACAAUACUACUCGUUCAAAAACAUGGAACAU